AUGUCAGGCCAACCCUCGCUGCGGGUCGAGACCAGCCAUCUUGGGGACAACUUUGUCAUAGGCAAUGGCUCUGCCCCUUCUUCCCCAACAUCUCCUCGUUCGCCAGCCUUCUCGUCUGCCAGAGACCGCGCACGGAGCAUCUCGCAGUCGGUUCUUCCCUCAUUUCGAAUUUCUAGCGUCGGAGACGGAGAGAAGGCUACAGAAUCCAAGCAACGCUCGUCGAGCCAGUCUAUCCCACAUGGCUUGAACAGGGCGCGCAAUGAAUCCCGCAAGCUUCUCGCCCACAUCCUGGCCCAACUGCAGAACAGGCCUGUGCCCCCGUCUCUGCUCAAUAGCCUCGUAUAUGGAUCAAACCAAACGGAGAAAGGGAUAGGCUCUGUCAUGAAGUCCGUCAAAGGAGCAGUGAGAUAUACUGGCACCUUGCGGGAACGUCGUACCCACCAACCCGUCCCUCAAGAUGACAACGACUCUGAUGAUGACCACGACACAGGGUUCACUACGGACCUUACGUUUGAUCUCAUGAACCAGCUCAAAGACGUCCUCGUUCUAUCUAUUGCCCACAAAUGGGACAUUUUUUAUGAUAGCACCGCCCCGCAGACUCAACGAAGUAACAGCGACAAGUUCAGGGAGUCCUUCAUGCGACGCAGGAGCCUGUCUGUAGGACGGGGGGAUCGCUCUCGCUCACCAUCCGUCGGCAGGGAGUCUGAACCUGGGGUCGUUCGGGCACCACAACUCUUGUCGCAAUGUAUCUCCCUCCUCGCAUCCGUAAUUACGGAGGACUGCCGCUUCAAAAUCUCAUCGCCCCGCCCCGCUCGACCUCCGAACUCCCUUCAGGCUGUCACCCUCGACGUUGCGCAGUUCUUACUACAUGCCCACCGUCAUGAUCCACGAGUCAUCUCGCAAAUUGGAUUUGCCUUGCUACCUGCCUUCCUUACCUUCAGCCCUGAAAUGCAUACACGGUUGUUGUCAUUCUUCGACGACGGGGUACUUGGCAAUAUACUUUCGGAUUUGAGGAAUAUACAAGGCACCCGCCAGCUAACGUCUCCCUCGGCAGAUCUAUCAUACAAUGACUCCAUGUCCAACUCCGAGCCCCCUAUGGUGUCUAUCCUCGUGGAUGAAGUUCAGGAAGAUUCCGGUGCCCCUCAGUCAGGUGCAACAUGGAGGCGUUGGACACAGUCUCUGUCGCCCGAAGACGUAGCACUUCGGGCGACGUCGGCGCCAUUGCAGGAGCUCUCCGUAUAUCAUCUGUCCUCGCUCAUACCACCACUGCUGGCUGCCAUCCUUGAGAGCAUCGACCUCACCACGACGAAGUCGUCAACGCUUCACAGGUUCCAUCGCCUACUCAGUCGAAUCGCAGAAAGCAAACCGGAUGCAUACCUGGACACCUUGGCCGUGGUAGCCUACCAUAAUCCACGGGCAAGAUACGCGGCCAUCAGCCUUCUGCUAUCCUACUGGCCACAUGCCAUCGGCCACCUCACGGUCAGCAAGACAUUCCCUGCCGUCAACUACCACGAGGCCAUCGAGCGCGAGACCCACGGCUCACUCGUUCCCCGCCGCCAUCACGCUCAUCCAUACGCUCACCAGUUCAUCCCAUGGCGUUUUGCACGGGCCUCCACCCCAGGCCUCUUCGCCGGCAUGUCGCAGAACGAUUGCCUCUCGUGCACACAGCCGAUCGAGGGCUUCGGUCUCCUCUGCCCGCUGUGCAUGUGCAUGGUGCAUUUCGAUUGUUACGACUACCCCGACGGCAGCUUCUUCUCGCAGUACAGUGUCGCCGCGGAUGCCAGCAAGCAGAAGGUUGCCGUACAUCGUUUCUGCCACAUCCUCCCCCAGCGCCAUGCCGCCGCCCCUGAGAUCAUACACAAGGAGCAGCACGCCUUCCGGCCUGUCAACCUCUUCAGCCUCACGCUGUGCUUCAUCUGCCGAGAACCACUCUGGGGCCCAGUCAUGCAAGCCGUCAAGUGUGGCUCGUGCAAGCAGUUCGUCCACUCGGCAUGUUUGACGCGCUCAUCCCACGCCGACCUGCCGCGAUGUCGCUCGGUCGUCAUCGACGACACGUACAUGACGAUCUCGUGGGCCGCCCUACGACAGUCCUUUGCAGACUACUACCGCGAACUCUUCCUUUCGGAGGCCGAGCUCCCCCGUCGGACAUACGAGGAGAUCUCAGUAUUCUUCACCGUGCUGUGGACGCAACUACAAAUACUGAACAAUGGCCUUGCCCUAGGCUCUAUAGUCAUCGUGCAGGAAGGGCCCACCUUUGAGGAGGGCCAGCUGGACGAAUUCGAGCUCCACUACUUGGUCGACCUCUACGAAGUCUAUCUGAAGUCGCGCAAUCCGAUCGUCUCCGUCACUCUCUCGGACCAUUUCGCAGAGAAUCGGCUACUCGCGUCCGAUACGCACGUCUUCUUCAACUGGAACAUCCUGUCCUUCGUAUCGAGCGUCAUCAAGAUGCCUGCGUCCGACCCCGGAGAGUCAUUCGACACGCCUUCCGCGGAUCUACUCGCGCCCAGUCAACCGGGCCGUACCCAGGGCUCCUCGGCGGACGACAGCACGUACCCCUACGAGGUCGUCACGCUCGCGCAUCUCCGGGACCAGCUCGGCGACCAGCUCAACCUGCACUCCGAAGCGGCCGCGCGGUACCUCCUCUCGCACCUCUUCCAUCUCGGCUUCUUCCAGCGUGUCGACUCGCAGAGCCGACUGUUCGACGGCGGUCCACACCCCGAGCGCCUGCAGUGCUCGUUCCCGAUUCCGCUCGGGCUCGAGGUGUCCGUGGAGGUCGAGACGUUGGUGUCGGCCAUUGAGGCCUGCUUGUCUGACAUAGACUUGUCUGUCAACGAGGCGGGCCUUCUGCUCCUGGUGCGGAAGUUCUGGCCUGACGGUAUGCUUACCGAUUACGCACUGCGUCGAUUGUCGAAGGCGGUCCUGGAGUGGAUCUGGUCUGAGGACGACGACUUGGCCACGAUGCUUCGUGACUAUGUCGCGCGAGGACUCAGCCUUCCCGGCGUACGCGCAGGUGUUGAUCAGCAGCCGUGGCCCUCCUCAACGCAGUCGCGUCCUACCGCGGCGAGCUCUGCCAAUAACGGCGGUGACUACGUCGCCGGAAGGCGGGCGUUGUCAAACCGGUAUGCUGCGCGAUGGCUACUCGCAUUGCACGAUCAAGGCGUGGACGAGUAUGCCACCAUGGUGUUCGACGUUCUUGUCGAGCAUGCACAAGACCUUCCGAUCGCCGAUGACUUCUUCCUGGGGAAAGGUCGUGAUCCUGUAGCUAAGCGGGAAGUAGUCAUCACGGAGAAGCUGUUGCAUCUAAUCCUAAAGCUCAACCAAGCCUCGGUGGUAUUUACGACCUUUGAUGACCUCUUCCAAAAGUGGCUGUCCAGGGCUUCGUCCUUGGACAUCGACCAGCAGAUACCGCUAGCGUCUUUGUCCCGACUGUUCAACAGGGAGCUUGAUUCCGCAAGCCAGCGUUUCAGCACAGCUGCCGAUCCUCGCCUGACCAUGACGGACAACUCCAGCUUGCUGAACGUGAAUCCUCUCCGGGUCAUCAUCGACAUCGCUACGAAGAGCAAAGACGGAUACGACAGCACGCUACACUGGCUCUGCCUCUUCGUCCGCUCCGGCGUCGAGAUCUCCGUCCCGACAUUCAUGCAGCUCGUCAUGCUCGGAAAGAAGUUCGGCGUGUCCUUGGAGGAGAGCUCACUCAUCGUGAAAGCGGCGCUAUGGUCAUGUUGGCUCAAAUCAAUGGGACGCCAGGACAUGCAGAGUGUCAUCACAACAAUCCAUACAAAUGUCGGCCAGGAACUCAUAGCUCACCUACAGUCUCGCGCGGAUAGUGCGGAAGCGCAAGUGCUGCAACUCGUUCGACUGUCUUUGUCGACGUGCCUAUUACUCUACGGGUGUGACAGGACAUUUCUCCAGACUUCCGGCCUUAUACAGGAAAGCGAGGUCCAAGGACUGCCCUCGAGGAGGAAGCUGCAUGCGCGUGGCACCACUAUCACGGAUCCCAUCAUCGUGAACACUGCGCUCAUAGACGCGGUGCGGAGCUAUGUCGAGACUGGGUCUGACGACGUCGCAUGCCUCGCCGCCAAAUUCCUCGACGCGUUCAUGCAUCAUGCACCCUUCGUCGAGUCGUACGAGGUGGAUAACUUCAUUUUGCGGAACGGAUCCUCGGUAUGCACCUGCGUGUGGCAAUUCUAUGCAGUCCAGGACCCACAAAUAUCCACAAUCCGUACAAGCCUCCUACUGCGAAGUCUUGUCGUCGACCCGCAGCCUUUCCAGUGGCUCCUGCAGCGUCUAUUUGAAGAGGGCGGCAGCUGGGAAGUUCGUUUGGAUGCUGUGGUUCGACUGUUCCGCAUGAUCGAGGAUGCGACCAGCCCUGCGUUCGUUGUCGAGGACCGGCAGUGGCGCUCCAGCGUGAUAGACAUCUUCCGCUACUUCUUUGCGGCUCUUUGGGAAGAUGAACGCGAAGAGGUCAGGCUCGCCGUCGACACGUGGUCACAGACACUUCUGGCUGCUCACUUCGAUGCAAUCACGCUCUGCUGGAACGAAGCUCUCGUCAAGUCUCCCAUUACAGAUCGCGCGAAGUUGGUCGCGUUUCUAAACCAGCUGCGGCCGCACUUCCCGCAUUGGCGCUUACUCUCCUGGGACGUUGUCCUUGAAACUCUGCUGGAGAGCGAGUUUAUUCAGCGGAAUGGCGACGAGGAGGAAGGUCCAUUGUCAGCCCACUUGUCUAUGUAUGGUCUCCCUUCGGGAGGUCGACACACGAUGCAUGUCGAUCCAGAGUUGCAGUCACUGCAGCACUCUCUGCUGUCUCUGGCGUUGAGGAUGCUUUCCGACGGGAUUCCGAUUGACCCCAGCAGUCUACUCAAGCUGAAAGACCAUCUUGCUCGCGCGCUAGGCUUCGCAGAGGUAGAGAUAGUGACUGCAGGGACGGGCAACGCGUUCUACGUCCGCUUCGGCAGCCUCGGCGCCGUCCCAGAGGUCGCAUAUCCAUGCCUGAACGAGCUGAUGCUGGUCCUGGAUGCGGCCGUGCCCUACGACCUGGUGCCCUCAGCAAUGGGUGGGCGAUUUGCGGACGAAGAAAUGGCGUCUUCCUUACUUGUGGGAUCCGUGUUCGUCGAUGUGUUUUUGGAGACGUUCAUCCACUGCGAGGAGCUGGAGCACCUCCCUGCGAUCACGCUGAAGAACAUGCUGAAGUCUUUGAUCAUCAUCAUAUACAAACACGACUUCGACAGCAGGACUCUGAAGCUCUUCCAACCCCAGCUUCGCAAGGCAGUCAAGCGAGCACAAGAGCUCCUCCUGAUGGACCUCAGCUACGAUAUCCGGCAACUCGUUCUGACCUUGUGUCAUGCGUUCAUCAAGAGAUGGCCCAACCUCACUGGCAACUUCGUUUGCGAAGUCAUUGAGGCUGCCGUCUCUCUGGUGGAGGAACUCGACUAUCUCCACAACGGUGACGACAUACUGAUAGACCAAACGAAGAACUUCUUGCGCACCACUUUGGCGCUGUAUGCCUUCAGCGGCGUUUUCUGUGUGUUGUGCAAGCGCAUGCGCUCGCCUGAGUUCUUUGCCAUCAUCAAACAUGUCAUAGGUCCCCACGUCAAGGCAGAGCACAAUCCAAACCCUAUGGAAAAUCUUCGAGAUGCUCUUCUCCGCGACACCCUGUCGCGUGCACUCGAGGGUGAGGACGAGUCAUUGCAAGUCGUUCUGGACAACGUCAACACCUACGUCGAGAUUGUUCACCAUACGGAAUACAGUCCCGCGCUCAUGCAAUUCGUCGGACUAUGUCUCGCGAGUUUGACCCGGAGAACGGCAGACCUGCACUUCGCACGAUUUGACCCGAGCGCGUUGCUGUUGCUCGCCUGCACGCUCAUUCAACACAACAAGGCCCACAGUCGAGACCUCCUCUUGUACCUGGAAACGCUGCUUCGAUCAUCGCUCGUCCGGUUCAGCGUGUCCGUGCUGAGUUUGCGGCGUGUUCUACACGUCACAACUACGCUUUAUCGCAAGGCCGCCAAGGCUUCCGGGACCAACUCGCAGAACGCGCUCGUCAACCCGGUCGCGGGUGCGAUGCUCGAGAUCACAAAGGACUUCCUCCACUCGAAGGCGCGCGUGUCUCCUGCGACACAGAUCGCCCUGGUCGAGGCCUUGACCGCUACGCCGGAUCGGGGUAGCACAAGGGCCAUGUUCAUCCCGCUAGACUCACAAGUCCGCCUCGCAGACGACGGGAUCUCGUUCUUGUACUACGAGAGCUCCCAGGACGUACAAGGCGAUUUCGGGGCGGCGCAGGCGAUCGCGAGGAUGAUCAUGCAGGGUGCGGAAGUGCAGCCAACCCUACUGGGUAGCCUAGAUAAAAACCCGAUGACCAUCCGUGUCUGGAACAUCCUUCUGAUAGGGGCGCUCUCCAGGCCGGACGGCGCGGCGGCGCUGCUGAUGUUCCAGCACUUCACCGCGUUCACGCUCGCAUACAACACCGCGCUCAACCAGUACCAGUCGCCCGCCCACAUCGCGAGCUCCGACGCGCAGGACCGCGCGCACGGCGACAUCAGCUACGCGUAUGCGUCCAUCAAGCUGUGGCUCUUGCUUGCACGCAAGGCGGCAGCCGAACGCCCGCCGCUCGAUGCUUCGGGUGGGCUGCAGGACGGCGAGGCCCUGGCGGCGCAGAUGGUAUGGAACGAGCUGUGGCCGCCGUUCGAGCACGUAGUCGCGGCGUUCGAGGCAGAUGUGCACGCUGGGAACAGUUCGCCGUUGGCGUCGAGUAUCUGGACCUCUGUUGGUGACUUGUUCUUGUUCCUGCGCCAGUCGCGCGCGGUGAUCGCGCUCGACACGGUUGUGUCUAGCCGUAUCCUCACAAGGCUGAAGGAUGUCGUGAGGAGUGAAUCGAAGAUCGCCAGGGUUGUGCGGAGCUUGAAGGACCCACCUACGGUAGAUUCGCUGGACUACUUCGCGAACCAAGUGAUCACGGAGAUCGCAGCCGAGGAGAAGCUGCAGGCAGCGAAACGGCAAAUCAACCUAGAGCGAGGGCGUAGAGUCGCCAGCUAAACAACGAAUUCUCUGUGUCGAUCCCGGUUUAUGCUUGUAUCAUAUAUCGUACAGGUGGAGGUUGGAGGGCAGGAUAGAUGCUGGCUUGCAGUAGAAUUGUACUACAUUAUUGCACUUUCC